AUGGACCGUGGUUUGUUUAGUAUAGCUGUUUUUCUGGACUUAAAAAAGACGUUCGACACCAUAAAUCAUGACAUUCUCUCAACGAAACUUGAUCUUUAUGGCCUACAGAAGUCAUCAUUAAACCUUUUAGGAUCCUAUUUAGCGAAUAGAACCCAAAUGUGCUCCGUUAAUGGCGCUCUGUCGGGCACGAAGUUGGUUACAUGUGGAAUCCCUCAAGGUUCAAUUCUUGGCCCACUCUUAUUCUUGAUCUACAUUAAUGAUCUGCCUAACAGUUUGGAGUACUCGUCUACAAGAAUUUUUGCCGACGAUACGACUCUAACUGUAUCUGGCAAGUCAAUCAAGAUGUAG